UUUUCCAGACUACCAAAUUAAUUUUGGGACUUGUUUAGUUCACGCCGAGUUUAUUUCGAUGGGACUUCUCCUCAUGCUUGUUAACUUGAUAUUAUUGAAGAAACGUAACUCAUUAAGUGAAAUGACUAAUGUAUUCAGUGAUUUUACCGAAUUUGGGGCACCCCAAAACAAUUUGUUUUUCGAACGAAACUUGAAAUUUAUCAUAAAAUUAUGUCACUAUGGGGGGUUUCUUUUCGCGCAUGUUGUUACUGCUAUAUUUAUUAUGUUGAGGGAUAACAAGCUUUCUUUUGUAAUGCCAUAUUACACUCGCAACGAUUUGAAUCGGUGGGAAAUAAUGUUGAUUUUGUUAUUUCAUAUAUACUCCGUUAAAGUUACGCUGAAUCUUUUGUUGCUUGUAAUAUUGUUGUAUUGUUAUUCGAUGAUCUUAAUCGUGGUACGGAUUAAACACCUCAACGAGAUUAUUGGUAAGAUUAAUUUGACAAGAAAUAAGAAAAGAAACUUUAAAAUUCUUCGCCCCAUCGUUUUGUACCAUCAACACAUCUUCAAGAUGUUUCAAUUUGCCACCAAAUUCUUCAACAUCUUCAUGGUCCCAACAAAAUUUUGCGUUCUCCUUUCCCUAACGUUAUCUUCAAUCGAUAUUUCAAUGCGAAACAAUUUAAUAAGCUUUUUCGUAUUUAUACCCAACUUUUUCGCAUUAUUUGUACUCCACACAUUUGGACAAAAAUUAAGUUCAGCUGCUGAGAGUGUGGUGGAUUCCGUUUAUGAUUUAAACUGGUAUGAAGCCGAUGUCUCAACUAGAAAGGAUAUUUUAAUUUUACUGUGUAUGAGUCAAAGAAAACUCGCGGUGGAGUUACCUAUGUUUGGGCAGAUGUCGCACGCGGCUGCAACAAAUGAUUACAAGAACGUCUACAUAUUCUUCAAUUGGUUGUUGAAGAUCACUCAGAAAAAGAUAUUUUGA